AUGCCAAUCAAUUUUUGAAAAUAGAACUCUUGGUUAGUGGGAAAGAGACACCACUCUUUGAAGGUCAUUGACCUGCGAGUCUAAUUCGCGCGCAUUCGACGCUUGUCGGUUGUUUACGUGCAACGCGCACGAGUAGAAAAACAUUAUUAUUGUGUGUUAUUGAUUCAAGCCAAGAUAAUAAGUUAAUACAUAAUACAUAAUGGUUAAAUAACGGCUCAUAGUUCAGUAUUAUUCCAGUGUUUUACAGUGAUAUAGUGUAUUUUGAUUUGUUCAAAAAUGGCUGCCAAUGACGACAAGAAACCUAAGUUUAUAAUCGACAAUGACGCCGGUGGAGACGAUGCGAUGGCCAUAUUCUUGGGCUUACUCUACGAGAAGUAUUUUGAUGGACCUAAGCUGGUAGCGUUGACGACAGCAAAUGGAAACACAAAAGAAGACAACGUCUAUCACAACAACCAAAAAGUAUUAAAAGUAGCCAAUCGACAAGAUCAGGAGGGCGCCCUACACUGCGUUUGCCUAGACGCGGUCUCCACUCUAGAAGACGUUUACCCCAACGGUUAUCUAUCGGUGCCAAUAUACAGGGGUUCCAAAGAAUCUAUAGUGACAACUCCAAAGGUAUCAGACUAUUAUGGUGUCGAUGGACUAGGAGACACGGGAGAAACCUUCCCUGAUCUGGUACCAGCACAGACUGAGGGUGCGGUCAAUGCCCUCAUUAAAUACUCUAAACUUUAUGAAGGAAACCUGACAGUGAUAACUAUAGGGACGUUGACAAACGUAGCGUUGGCUAUCAAAUUGGAUCCAGACUUUUUGUCAAGAUUGAGCCAUUUGUACAUCGGCGCUGGACAUAUUCACAGUGAAAAGUAUCCAUUGCCGGAGUUCAACGCUCGUAUGGACGUGGAAGCCUACCACAUCGCAGUAAGGAACGCUACUCCGGACAAAGUCACCAUCUUCCCCUUCUCACAAACUAAGGAGUACUUGACUUUUAGUAAAGAUUGGAGAUUCAACACACUCGGAAAAAUCGACACAGAGAUAAUAAAAGAACAGAAUAAGUACGAAAAGGUAGCUCUGAACAACGAGGAGACCUGGCAGGCGUUGGACCCAGCAACAGUGGCAUUAUAUCUGCGACCAGAUCUAGUUGUUGAAUACAAAUAUUCGAAGCACGAUGUUCAUGUUUGUGGUGACAAAAGAGGCAUAAUGAAAAAUGAUUUCGUUGAAAAAGACAAGGCGAAUGUUCGAGUAGCGUAUGCAGUAAAGGCAGAAGAUUACAAAGUGUUCCUUCUGAAUGUUUUUGGAGCAGAAUUAAAUGAUCCUUCUCGCUCAAAGAAGGCGCUUAGUAUGGAGGUAAAAUUUGAUGACCAAACAAGAGUUAAGCAAUUAAGGUAUUUUAACACAAGACAGGAAAAUAAAAUCACACUGUAUAUGUGUAUGCUAGCUAAGGAGGAAGCGGGACGCGUGAGGCUCAAAGAGCCAUCAGACCACCACGAAUGGGGCCCAACAGGGCUGAUGCCGAUUCGGAGUCGCGGAGAACCUAACGGGUUACCAGGACUCCGGCUCGACGUGCAGUAG